AUGUCAGCUGGUAUGAGCCGUGUGAUUGUGAUAUGUGUCAGUGCUGCAGGGCUGUGUGGAGAGAUCGUUCUUCCAUAGAGAGAGGAGGACUGGGGCUGUCGCCUCUAUUUAGGGAAAUGACAAACACGCUCACGAUCUCCCAGCCUCAGCAGUCUGUUUUCAUUCCCACGUCUUCUGUUGUUCACACGACAGGGACUGUUAUUCUGUUGGCGCUUUGUCAUUGUAAAUGCUAGGAUCCACACAUUCUCACUGUAAUGUCUCUUUCCCUGCUAUUGGUGACAGACCCCCCCCCCCCCCCCCCCCCCCCCACACUCUCUCUAACAUCUCUCUCUCUUCCUUCCCCUCUCUCUUCUCUCUCAGCCUCUCCCGGGCGGGUUGGCAUGGCCCAGUGAUGAACGGCGCGGUGGUGCCAGGCAGCCCGGAGUUCUCGUGCCCGCUGCCCGACUGGCGAGAGUUCUGCGAGCUCCAUGCCCGCGCCUCCGCCUCCGACUUUGCCCACAAGUUCCGCCGCUUCCUGACGGAGAACCCGUGCUACGACUCACCGGGCGCCGACAGCAGCUUCUCGCAGCACUUCGCCAGACACUUCCUGGAGUGUUUCUCUGCUGCUCUCGCCCAGGCCAGGGACCACCAGGCCUCGCUCUCGCCAGGGGACGACGGCUCCAACGCUCCCCCCAAAUACAGCAUCGUUCCCUUCCUGGGCAUCCAGGGCUGCCCUCUGCCCUACAGACACAACGACCUCUACCAGCGGCGCAAGGACGCCGGUGCCUCUAGCGAAUCCCUGGACAGUAUGGACAGUGGAGGUUUAGGAGUAGGAGGGAUAGGGGGAGGGAGUUCCUCCUCCAUGACCACCUCCCGCGCCCCCCAGCCGGCCCACAAGCCCUCUGCUCUGGGCCAGUCUCGCAGCUCGGAGGACGUGUCAGUGGGACACCCCAAGGCCCGCUUCAAAAAGGGAUUCUCUCUGAGGAACAUGAGUCUGUGUGUGGUGGACGGGGUGAAAGAGAUCUGGCACCGCCACGCCUCCCUGAACCAGACCCUGCGGGGGGAUCCGGGGGGGGCCCGAAGGGCCCAAAGGGAGUGGGAGGGGGGACCCCGGCGGGGAAGAUGGUCCCCCCAGACUUUCGUCUUCCCCCGGGGGGCCCAAAGGGGCCAAGGCUGA